GUACUAAGGUACUUAAGCUGUCAGUUUUAAACGAUGGGUAGUUGAAAACGUCAAUUUUGUAAAUCUAAUGAUACUUUUUCCGACAGAGGAGAUACUUUGCAUCCCCUAUACGAGUACAUCGCAUUCCCUUCACAGUGCGUCAGUUCCGAUCGAUAGAAUGAUUCCUCUCCACCAUGACGCGCGGCACGAUAUUUCAUGUUCAUGGCCUGAUUAAAACAGCAAAAUAGGAUAAUUUUGCCUCUUAUCUCAACAUACUGUGACCUUUCGGUCGGAUAAAUCAUGUCAGUGGAACUAGCGGGAGGUGCAUCAGUACGUAGGUUAUUUUUGAACAACAUCAGCAGCAAGUAGAUAUAGGCCUGUAGGCUUAUCCUAACCUAUACGUUCUGCGAAUGUGAUUUUGCGCCGGAAAACUGCCAUUCUACAAGAUAUCAUAAUGUCGUUGAUCACCUCAGAACUUCCAACGUUGUACGAGCACUACACCGCUGGUGGAAUCCAUACAGGGCUAAACUCCGACAAACCUUACUUCACGCUCAAUGAUAAAAAUAUAUCUAUCUACAGUGGGGCGAUACAUUACUUUAGAGUGCCGAAAGAGUAUUGGAGGGAUCGGCUAAGAAAACUUAGAGCAGCAGGCUUGAAUACAGUAGAAACGUACGUCCCAUGGAACUUACACGAGCCUCAACCAGACACCUUCGACUUCGGUCAAGGCGGAUCAGACUGGGAGCAUCUUCUAGACGUCAGGGAGUUUUUGACCAUCGCUAAGGAAGAAGACCUUUUCGCUAUCGUUAGACCUGGACCUUACAUUUGUUCGGAAUGGGAAUUUGGCGGGUUGCCUAGUUGGUUACUACGUGAACCAAAUAUCAGGUUUCGGACUUCUGAUGGUACCUUCAUGAAAUACGUUAGCAGAUACUUCAGCGUCCUGCUACCCAUAUUAGCCAUGCUUCAAUUUACUAGAGGUGGACCUAUAAUAGCUUUUCAAGUAGAGAAUGAAUAUGCCAGUACGUAUCUACCUGGGAUUUUUCUCCCUGAUAAGAAAUACCUCAGACAACUCAGGCAACUAAUGAUUGAUCACGGGAUAAAAGAACAACUCAUGACGUCAGAUGCUGCAAUGUAUGGAACAAUAGGGUCUCUACCUGGACUAGUACUUCAAACGGCCAACUUUGCUGGUAAUCCUGAAAAUGAAUUUAGCCAGUUGAAAACAUUCCAACCAGCCAGACCCAUCAUGGCCAUGGAAUAUUGGACAGGCUGGUUCGACCAUUGGUCUGAACAACAUCAUCUUAGGAAUGACUCGGAUUUCCGUGACAAUUUGGAAAGAAUUUUGAGAUACCCGGCCUCUGUCAACAUGUACAUGUUUAUUGGAGGAACAAGCUUUGGAUUUAUGAAUGGAGCCAACCUAGAUAACGGACUCUCUGACAAUUCUGGAUAUCAGCCAGAUACAACAAGUUAUGACUAUGAUCCUCCACUAGCAGAAAAUGGUGACUACACUAUAAAGUACGUCAUGGUCAAAGAACUACUGAAAAAGUACAACCCAAUAGGAACCAGACUUCCUCAAACUCCUCACUUAGUGCCCAGAGUGGCAUACAACUCACAUUUAAUCCAGGGCCAGCUGACACUAGAUGAGAUCAUAGACAGGAUACCCCAUAGAGUAUUCACCAAACAAUUGAAACCUAUGGAACAGCUACCUAUCAACAACAUGUCAGGUCAAAGCUAUGGCUACGUCAUUUAUAGACAUAGGUUAUUUCAUCUACCAUCUUAUUCGCACGUUCGCAUCAAUGGAAGAGUAUGUGACACGGUAGUAGUCACCCUGAAUGAUCAGCUCAUGUCAAGGCCUUUAGAUACUGCUAGUGACCUAGAUGCAUUUGGAUUCUGGAAAGUAGCAAAUUCGACGUUGGAGCUCGGAAGCAACUUGUAUUCUUACUCUGUCUUGGACCUGAUGGUAGAGAAUUGGGGUAGAGUAGGGUAUGGAAAAUUGAGCCAGUUCAACCAAUUCAAAGGCAUCUGGCAAGGAGGUGUAUACGUAAACAACGAACAGCUGCAAGAUUGGGAAAUACUGCCAUUGGAGUUCAAGAAAUCUUGGACGAAGAGCUUGACAGGAUGGCAUGUUCCAUCUAAAUAUACUGGACCUGCUUUGUUUAAGACUGAUAUUUUCAUAGAAAAUCCUCAAGAUACAUAUCUUGAUAUGCAAAACUGGUGUAAAGGAAUCGUGAUUGUGAAUAACUUCGUUUUGGGAAGAUACUCGAAAAUUGGACCUCAGCAGACAUUGUACCUUCCGGGUCCAUUUUUGCGAAAAGGUUGGAAUAAAAUUCUUAUUUUUGAACACUAUAGAGCUGCAGAUAAAGUAUCGUUCACGGAUCAACCUGUAUUUAAAACUAGGACAUCAAAGAAAAAGGUUAUAGAGUGAGCAAAGGCCAUAACAAGUUUGAAAUAGUGAGUAAUUUAACCAUGAAUGCAAUUCAAACAAUAUACUUAAAAUAAUGCAGGGACGUCGGUCAUAUAAUGCGAAACCAUUAAGAUAAUAUAUAGAUAACGUACACAAAUAGUCUAGAGCAAAAGACUACCACACGCGUCGCGUUGUGUGUGCACUAGUACAUGCUACGGUUCGGUCGUAUGUUAAGUAUGUAGGAGACCUUUUGUGAUGAAUCCAAGAAAAGGUAUCGAUGUAAGUAGUUAGAAAUUACACAUCAUUUAUUUCGGAGAGCCAAUCCUCGAAUUGAAGUGAAAUGGAAUAUUACAACAGUUGUUAUCAUGCUUAUUUUUUAUCCGUAACCACUUUUUGAUAAUAACACUAGUAGCGUGAUCGCUACAUUCAUUCUGGUUUUUUGAAUCGGCUUGAAAAGAUAUUAUUCGAAAUCGUAGGUAGCGUCACUAUUUUUGAAGCAUCUUCUUAGCACGUCUCCCUAAUAGCCUAUUUAAGGGUCGCAGUCCUUAGAAUUUCGUUUUUACACAAAUCAGUUAAUUUUAAGGAGACUAAACCCGCAGAACGAGGUUCAUUAACCUUAUUGAUGCUUAGACUACUGUAGUAGCUUCUUUUAAGGGACCACUAUAUAGCAUGUGAAUCAGUCGCUUUGUCAUUCCAAAGCGUAACAUCUAAAAAUUGAUACUUUUUUGUCUGGGAAAUAUCGAAUGUGGUUAUCACACAAAUAAACUGUCAUAAUCAAAUUAGCAUCAUUUUGAAAUUCUUAUUAUAAUUGAACUGAUGUAUUUUGUGUGAGCAAUGAGGUUGUAUAGUUUCAAUGAUUUAAUAAAUGAAUUUAAGU